AUGUUUCGUGCUCGCUCUCUGGUACGUGCCCUGGGAGUAGCUGUUUGUCUAUUGUUGGCGGCGACGUUUUCCGUGUCGGUUGUGGCUGCGUUGUCGCCUGUGAGUACGGUUAGCUGGACCUGGAUAGGUGGAGAGACGGGUAUCGAUAAUCCUGGUAAUUAUGGAACGCUGAACCAGACUUCAGCAGAUAGUGUUCCAGGAGGCCGUUACUAUUCUGCAGCCUGGGUCGGAAGUCCAAGCUUGGUAUACUUGUUUUGCGGGGUUGGGUAUGGAAACCCAUUUCCGAGCUACUUUAAUGAUCUAUGGACCUUCAACUUGACCUCACAUGAAUGGACGUGGAUUGGAGGCUCCUUAGACAUCAACAAUGUAGGAGUAUAUGGCACAGUCGGCACAGGCAGCCCAAAUAGUAUACCCGGCGGCCGUUACGGAAGUGCGUAUUGGCAGACGGACGAGCAGCAUUUCUGGUUGUUUGGUGGCUACGGCUUUGAUGUGAACGGUAAUGUGGGAGACCUGAACGACAUGUGGCGGUACGAUACUGAAACGGGAAUCUGGACGUGGUUCAGUGGGAAUGAUACUAUUAACGCCGAUCCAGUCUAUGGACCGAAGGAUAUCUACAGUCAAAUUUACAACCCCGGAGGCCGAGAUAGCGCGGCAUUCUGGCUGGGCGCGGAUGGUCUUUUUUGGUUGUUUGGUGGUGAGAGAAAUAAUGGGCUGGAUUAUUUGUCAGAUCUCUGGUCAUUCAACCCUGUUACAUUCGAAUGGGCAUACAGAGGCGGAUCACAACUUGCUAACCAGCCUGGUAACUAUAGUGCACCUGGCGUGGCGAGCAACUCAAAUGCUCCAGGUGCGCGCGGCUUCUCGCAUACGUGGACAGAUUUUGAAGGAAAUCUCUGGUUGUUCGGUGGCUAUGGCUACGGAAACAGCACAGCACUAGGGCAAGGGGACUUGAAUGAUCUCUGGGUCUACAAUAUAAGUCAAUCCGUAUGGAUUUUUAUCGCAGGGAAUACAACCAUCUAUGUACCUGGAUCAUAUGGAAGUCUCGGUGAUUUCUCGCCAACCAGUUACCCUGGUGCAAGAGACUCAGGCGUGAGUUUCGUAGAUUCAUUUGGUAAUCUGCAACUGUUUGGCGGUGAAAUAUUCAACACUACGAAUGGCAACUACGUCCUUUUGAACGAUCUGUGGGUGUUCAAUAUCAAAAUUGGUCAAUGGGCGUGGAUCAACGGAAGUUCAGCGGUUGAUUCUUUAGCAGUAUAUGGAGUUUUGAACGAGACCGGCUCGAGUGUUGUACCAGGCGGACGUGAAGGACCAGCCUUAUGGAACACCAGUGGAACAGAUCCGGUCAUGUUUGGCGGAUUUGGAUACUCAAACACUAGCGGACCUGGCUAUCUCAAUGAUGUUUUCGCACUGAGUGAAACGUUCUUUACGCCUACCUCUACGCCUACGCCAACAUCAACGCCAACUCCGACAUCGACCGCAACAUCCUCGGUAACCGCUUCAUCUACGGCUACAUCUACGAUAACAGCAACCGUGACCUCGACGUUCACACUGACGCCAACGCCUACAUCUACUCCCGUGUGCACCAAUGAGAUCUGCGGUUCCCCGGGACAGUACACGAACCAGGACGCUUGCGAGCAAGUCGGAUGCUGCUUCAAUCCCGAGACGAACGCGUGCACCCUGAAGAGCGUCUCAGCGGCCUGCAGCGCUGUUCCAGUGACGCAGCGCGUCCCCUGCGGCUGGAGCUACAUCUACCCCGACGAGUGCACUGCGAUUCCGGGAUGCUGCUGGCAGCCCACAGCGAACGGCAUCCUCGCGCCCUGGUGCUACUACGACAUCGACCAUGCACCGCAGGCUUCUGUAGCGCUGCAGGAGGUGCAGGCACCGGUGCCCGUCUGCCCAUCACCGGGAGCGCAUCGCCAGCCGUGCGGCAACGCGGGUAUCAACCAGUUUACGUGCUAUGCCCAGGGCUGCUGCUACGACUCGCAGGCGCAGAACCAGUGGGUGCAGAACGGCAAGCAGCAGAGCGACUUUGCGUCGAACCCGUACUGCUUCCAGCCCGAGAAGACGUGCGCUGUGGGCGAGUUUGAGCGCCAGCCGUGCACGAACGCGGUGAAUCAGAACCAGCAGCUGAACAAUAACAUCAACAAUAACCAGUUUGUGCGUCUGCUGAACACGCUUCUGUACGGGGAGCAGCACGGGACGCAGCGCACGAGCUACUCGCCGCAGCAGUGUCUGGAGGCUGGUUGCUGCCUGGGGCUCGGUAACGAGUGCUUCCAGCCGAUGACCGAGUACGUGUGCCAGACCUACGGGUACGUCUCGAACUCGCUGAGCGGCACGACCGGCAACGCGUCGAACUCGAGCUAUAUUGCUUGCGGCCCUGAGUGCUGCAACGCCGAGACGCAGAACUGUACGUACAACCCCUUCAGCAACAACAACAACCAGCAGCAGCAGCAGCAAUUGCAACAACAGCAGCAACAACAGGUGCUGCUGCCGUCGUUCUGUGUGUGCAAGGACCCUACGAAGCAGUGCGGGACGUACCUGAUCCCUUCGGAUAACCUUGUGAACAAGGUGCGUUGCUGCCGCGCUGACGAGGAGUGCAUCAACAACCAGUGUGUGGUGAUUAGUCCAACACCGACUCCGAGUCCCGUGGCUGUGACAGCGACACCCUCUGCGACGGUGUCUGCGGCGGUGUCUGCGACGGUGUCUACGACAGCUUCUGCGGCAGUGUCUGCGACGAUGUCUGCGAGAGCGUCAGCAUCGGUUUCGGGUUCAGCUUCAGUGUCUGCUUGA